AUGGCUGCCACGCUCGAUAGUUGUGAGGAGUCAGAAGGCUAUAGCCUUCAACGAAGCGAGGGUGAUUUCAUCGCCCACUUGCACAAGACGACAUUCACCUCCGGCACACCCAACGUCAACCUGGCGGUGAUAGUCACACGCACGCGACAGCGCAUUGAGGAGCCACAGAAGAGUAGUACAUAUCUACUCAAGUCUAGCUCAUCGACCCCUGAGCCUAUUGCAACCAUACCCUUACCAGGAGACAUACAGUGGGAUGUAAUCCAGCACGAACAGGAUAAGCAGAAGGCGUGUGAGAUGGGCAAAGCGCAGGACAGACAGCGUGGAAUUAGUGUGAGUAGUGCCAAGGCGCAGCUAGUGUUCUUGCAAACCAGAGGAGCGGCUGGAGCGGUCAAGGGCGCUACCGGUGGUGAGGAGUAGGUACAUAUCUAUUAAUGUAAUGAAAUAAUAUGGUAUGGAAGGAGGAAUGUAAUGGAUGGAUAAGAAUAGAAGAGACGGCUGUACCGAACUGACUUUGUUGCGCUCUCGCUCCUGAAUGAGUUGGUUAAAAUAACUUCGUUUUUAAUUUGCAUCUCGAGACGGAGAAGGGCCCGUUCAACAAGUCCACCAAUCCUUGCGUGUAUGGAGGAGAACCCCUCAAUAAAUUAAAUUGAAUCGGCA